AUGACCGAAGCAGAAGCCCCAAAAGGGCUUUCAGCCAAGCUCGACAAGAAGCGUAAGCGCCAGGCCGAGGAAUCAAACAAGCAAGGCAAGCCCGAAGCUGCGCCUGCGGCCGCUGGCGGAGACGAAUCGAACAAGAAGAAGCGCAAGAAGAACAACAAGAAGGGCAAAAAGCAGCCUGAGCAGGAUGUGAAAACGCAAGAGCGCAAAGGUGGCGUUGACGAGUCCAUUGGGAAGAUGGAUGGGCGGUUGUUGGCCGAUUACUUUGCUCAACGGGCGCAGAAGCUCGAUAAAGAGCUUUCCGCGGUGGAAUUGAGUGAUCUUUCAGUGCCCGAUUCUGCUUUCCUUGACACCACCUCGUUUUCCGAUUCCAGGACUUUGGACAAGCUUCCCGAUUUCCUCAAGGUAUUCAGCCCGAAGGGUGUCGACCUUUCAAAGGCGUCAGAGAAGAAGGGUACUCCUCAUACAUUGGUUAUUUCUGCUGCUGCACUCAGAGCUGCAGAUGUUGUUAGGGCACUUCGAGCAUUCCAAACCAAGGAGGCCAUUGUCGGGAAAUUGUUUGCCAAGCAUAUCAAGCUGGAGGAAGCGAAGCAGUUCCUCGAACGUGCACGGACUGGAAUUGGGGCUGGCACACCGACUAGGAUAUCUGAUUUGAUUGAGUGUGGUUCUCUCAAGGUGGACGAGUUAGAGCGUAUCGUCAUUGACGGGUCCCAUAUCGAUCAGAAGCAGCGCGGUAUCUUCGAUAUGAAGGAGACUCAUCUACCGCUGUUGCAGCUACUGACUCGGCCGGAGCUGCGCGACCGAUAUGGCGCUUCCAAAAAGAAAGUGCAAAUCUUGAUGUUCUGA